CGAGUCGGACGAAUUUUAAUUUUCCAAAAUUUUUCGAUUCAAAAAGAAACACUAAAACAUCUUAACUUUCAUUUUUUUUUUCUUUUACACUUUUUUGUUUCGGCUCUCAAAAGUCAAUAACACUAUUAUUUUUAUUAAAAUGAUCACGGAUGAAGAACGUCCGAAUCCCCUCAGGGCUGGUAGCCGACGAGGAAAUCAAAUGAAAGCCCGGCCAGAAGUUGAGGAAAUUUUGGGAAUGAUCUAUAGCGAAGCAUCUGCGGCUGGAUGCAGCGCUAAAGUAAUAUCGUCUGAUACAGGAAUACUUGAUAGGAUCGAUACCGUAACAUUUCCCGGUCGAUAUGUAACCAGGGUGGUCAGGGUUCGUCCGUUUGAGGUGACGAAACGUUUUGUAAGGCCACAGUUAACCAGCGGCUGCAAAUCGGAACCUAAUGCUGAUAGCGUUCUGAACAAGAUAUUCGGCAUUCUGAACCUGCAAAACUUAUUGCUUGUGAUAACACCAACAGAGGAAAUAUCGGAUAAGUACAUCGUGCACGGCUAUGCAAUUGACGGAGAGCGGCAUCUAGGCGUAACAAGCCUAACCAACGACGAAAAGGAUCUCAUUGUAUAUACCCAGAGACCCGAUAGCUACAAUAUAAUAUACUGCUCGACCUACCUCCAGCUAGAGGACGCUUUUAAAAAGACAGAAAUUCGAAACCGGAUCUUUGAUGUGCUGCAGCAUCGACCAGCUAAGCCCAUCAGAACGUACUAUAACGGAAAGGAAGUGGAGCUGUACUAUCGCCGAUUUAAGCCGCGCAAAGAGCAGCCAAUCUCGAAAAAAAAGGCUAUCAAGGCAGCACGGCGCCAAGAGCCGCCAGAAUCUGAAUUGCAUACAGCUAAGACAUACCAGGCAAGACCGCGUUCCUCUUCCGUAGCUCAAAGUAAUAUACGAUCCAGAGGCUUAACAUCUCGGUCACCUAGCAUUGAUACGGCGGACAACGGCAAUUUGGAUAAGCUAAAGCCAACAGUGGACGGUAAAUUCAAUUACAAUCGAACAUCGAAAACGUUAAUGAAAGCGCAUACCGCAUUAGAGCUAAAUAAGAGCAAUACAAUUGCCAGGCCAAACCCACAUAUGGAGAUGAGCUUGCACUCUCCCAGCUUCGUUAAUAGGCACAAAGGUCUGUUUAAGUCAGGAAGAGCACGGACUCAGCUCCAGGUCAGCGUCGACAGUCGCAAUGUCAAACCCAUUGCGCGUGCUCCCUCGGAGAAUAACAUAAUGUUGAAGGCUUCUGCUAACUCGGGGGGCAAGAGUCGUGCUCAGCCAGGCUACCAUACCAACUCGACAGCUAGCGUCGACAAGAAUAAUGAGAUGCCGAAGGAUGCCACCAUCGAUUUGCGUCCAAGGAUGAUGACAGACAUUCGAUCCUAUUCAAUGAAAGGAAAGUACGGCCUCCGACCAAAGUCACCGGUGAGAAGCCGUACGGCUUCACCGAAAAGCUACGUCAAUGCCGAACAGAGGUUACUUUGCAAAAAUACUGUUAGCGGACGGCCUGGUAUAGUGAAGAGUAACAGCUUAGCCAAUUUGACGAAACAUCGCAGUCAGGCAGCUAGGAGUAGUUAUUCCAAUUCAUUUGUGGCAAUGGGAAACGGCGAGGAUAUUGAGUAUUCAAAGAAGAAAAUUGCUAUAGAAAGCCGCUGUCAUUCGCUCGGCACAAGCGACAAAUGCCGUUGUGAUCAUCGAAACCUAUUUAAGAAUCGCACCUAUUCGAACCUGUUUGCGACGCAUCGUCUCAAUUCAGCGGAAAGCCCCAGAAAAGUCUGUCCGAAAUAUAGGGAAAGCAGCGAUCUAAAGAUAACAACUUUGAUGAAAGCUCGAUCGAAUAUGCCCAUAACUCAGGACAGCAGCAAUACAAUAUGUAGAGUCCUUCUAAAGAAUGGCUCCAAUCUUACAGUCGAAUCUCCUCCUCAAAGUUCGAUAGUCAUGAGCGACAGUCAAACUUCUCUGAGCAGUAGUCUAGUGCCGACAUGCGUCGAUUCGAAUCUCUCUAUUCGCAGCAGCAACAUUGAGUUUGAAACUCCGAAUGCGAGCAUAUGUAACGAAAUUGUAGACAAUAUCAAUUAUAUGACACAUGAGGCGCAGUCGCCAGCCGGGGACACAUGGUCUAAUUCGAUUCCAGCAUUGAAAGAUGUCGAAAGCUCUGUCUCGAUUGCAGACAGCUUCCUUUCUUCGUAUGGUUCAUGGCACAACGAAUACAUGGGAAUCGACAUGGAUCUAGAACUAGAUGAGAUCGACAGCAUGAGAGACCUUGAGGCAACGCCCAGGACAAGAAAUCAUGACAAGGAGACACGCAACAAUACCCGUAAGCAGGUUGAACUGGGCUGCUUAGAUGCUCCACCACCCUCAGCUGUAGGACGUGCGAAUUUAAGAAUGAGCGGCAGAUCAAUGCAAGAGCUUGGCAAUAAUAGCUGUGAGCCGAACGUCCUACCCAAGCGAAAGAUGUAUAUGCAUGAGAUCGAAAAGGCUAAGCUGAGUCAACGCGAACGCCAGUGGGUUGGCCUACCAAGUCCGAACUCAAAGCGCCGAGUAGUUUUCGAUGAUGUGCCAAAGCCAACUCGAGCUCGAGUCCUACAGAAAAAGCCAUCCGUUGAAUUUAAGGAUGGCAUUAAGGUUUUAUGGAAGGUGCAUCCUCUGCGCGAAUCCGAUGGCGAUAUUCCUCUGUCCGACGAUGGGUCCAGCGUGAAGUUCGAAACAUCGCAGUCAAUCGUAAAUGCCAAAUCAUCUGAAUUCGAACGGAUUAUGGAACCGGUAAGAGUGCCACCUAACUUUUCAAAGCGUGCCCACGAGCACCUGAAGAAGAAGCUAAGGCGUAUGACGGCCAAGCAGGCUUUUGAGAACUUGGGAAAGCUCGUCGAUAAGAUCAAUUCACGACCAAUACCACAGAACAGGCAGCUGUUGCGCUUCUUCAGAAUUGCAGAGCUGCUGGAGAUCAAGAUGUUUGCUAGAGCGGAGACCUACUGGAACGGCAAAUCGCCAACGAUCGAUCCGCGCUGUCGCCUCGAGUGCUACAUGUUCGAUGAUCGAAACGAGUUCAUUCUAUCGUUGGGUCUGCUAUGCAAGCAGCUAACCAUAUUUUCCGAGCUAUUUCCAAGAGUCAAACCGAAUAUUUGCUACAUUGAUAAUGCUCUUCAGCUAACUAUAAUGCCAAAGCCAGUAACCGAAUUCCUUCGAACCGUUAUGGUCACACUGCGCGCCCAGACGCUCUUCAAAUUGAUGGCCGAGAUGGUAUAUGAGUUGCUACAGCCGCGAGCGACGCUCCUGGCUCUGGCACGUGCACAUCAAUCCAAUACCGUGCCGCAGGCUGAACGAAAUACACCAGAUUUUGAGCUGAAAAACGUAUUGGAAAUGGAGGAAGCCCUGCGUAAGCUGAAAAAUCAAGAACCAGUCACAUUGGACUGACUUCAUGUCACAUAACAGAUGAAUUAAAAUUAAUACAUUGUUUGGCAAACUCUAUCCAAAUUUUGCAUACAAUUUUCUUUCUUAAAUUUUAAUCUGUCCAACACGACGACAAACCCCAGCCCACAUUGUUCUGGCGGCAGCCCUACUUAUGAAAUGUCACUUUAAAAUCAAUUCCAUUCGAUGAGAAAUGGAUUACUUGUCAUUUUAAUGGUGGGCAUGCGCAUGGAAUGGGCUAACCGAAGUGGUCCGAUAACAAAGAUAUAUAUAUAUAUAUAUCUCCCAUGAACCUACUUCAACCUAAACGCCCACGAGUCCUGCCCCUAUAUGUAAGGCUGUUGUCAAUACAAAGUGGAAACUUAUUGGAUGCCUCAGCAAACAGUUGAACAUCUAACCAGACCGCUUUAAACAUAUGUGAAAAGCUGGGA